AUGAUAGGCAGAGAGGCAACAUUUUCUGGUCAAGAACAAUCGCCCUUGGUACCUGUGAUCGAAGACAAUUCCGCACGCCGCGACCAUGAUUCUGUGUUCUUCAAAGGCGACCGCAUGUACGAGCACCAUAUCUUAAAAGUCAAUUAUACAACAUACGAUGUUCGGCGAUCACACGAUAUCAUCAACCCUUCUACGGACAAUCGGGACAUCUUAUUGCUAGCCAGGUUUGAUGAUCUCGAAGAUGCCACUUCUAUGCACCCAUUCUUGUAUGCGCGCGUUCUUGGUAUCUACCAUGUCAACGUUGUGUAUACAGGGACUGGCAUGGCCGAUUACACUCCGCGGAGACUGGAUUUUCUCUGGGUGCGAUGGUUCCAGUACGUCGGAGAUUCGAGAAAUUGGAGCCAACACAAGCUCGACACUGUUGAAUUUCCCCCGAUGGCAGACGAAGAGACUUUCGGAUUCAUCGAUCCGGAUGACGUUCUACGUGCCUGUCAUAUUAUUCCAACCUUCAAAGGAGGGAAGAUUCAUGCGGAUGAGAUUGGUCUCUCACACUGUGCUAACGAUGCGGAAGAUUGGCGAUUUUACCAUGUUAAUAGAUUUGUUGAUCGGGACAUGCUGAUGCGCUACCAUCGAGGCUUAGGGAUAGGACAUGUUCACGCAGACGGUCCUACGCCAAUUGUCUUGAGUGCCGUUUGCACAAAUCCUCUUGAAGGUUCCAACGACAUUUCCGACUCAGGAAUGAGCGUCGAUAUCGAGGCAGAUGGACUCUCGUCUGCUCCACCGGAUGGUAUCUUACAGGCUGAGGGGGAAGACUCCAACGAUGACAACCUGGAGUUGACUCUUGAGAAUUUGGAGGAUGACAUGUGGGAUUCGGACAGUGAGGACAACGAAGAGACAGAGUUGGAUGACUCUGAUUCUGAGGAGAUGUGA